CCCAUGUGAACCAUUGUUCCAGGCUGCACGAGCUGGUCUCUGCUGCUGGCUGCUCAGGGAGUAGUAGAGACAGUCCGGGGAUUCUGGGAGAGGAGGGUGAGGUGAUGUCUCUGGCACCUUCUGCCCAGAUGCAUAUUAAAGUGCUCAGCUGUCUCCAAAAUCUCUCUGGUGACUGAAAGUUCCUGACUUGAUCAGCUUACAACUAAAUGCAUCCAUAAAGGAGGACAGUAUAUUCUGUAAUGGAAGAUAUCAGUACCACCCACAAUAAGCAAGUAGAUAACAGAAAUGUGAUACAUGUCCAAUCAAGUCCAUCUGAAGAAAAAUGUAUCUUGAAACAACAUGUUUUGCCUAGUCAAAGAGAUGUUGCAUGUGCUGAAAUCAUAACAUUCCCAGCUGCCUAUGGCAUUCAAAGAUCUUCUGUUAUGUUGUUUUCGCACGUUGUUCCUGAACAAAACCCUAAUAUAGUUCAAAUGGGACUACCUUCUUCAGAAAGUGUAUAUAACUGCUUGGAAUGUCCUGAAGUAUUUAAUUGUCAGUCAGAUCUCAUUAGCCAUCAAAGCGUUCACCAACUUGAAUGUAGCUUGAUUUGUACUGAAUGCGGUAGAUGUUUCUCCUUUAAACCCCAGCUUCUUAGCCAUCAAGACAUUAAUUCAACUGUAGAACAAUCUCAGCACUCGAAAUGCAGCAAAUGCUCUAUCAAGAAGUCAUAUCUUAACUCGCAUAAGGUGAUUCACAAAGUAGAAAACCUCAAUUCGUGCUCCGAGUGUGGAAAAAGUUUCCCCAGAAAGUCACAUCUCCUUGUACACGAAAGAACUCACACAGGAGAGAAGCCAUUUGCAUGUUCUGAAUGUGGGAAGCGCUUCAACCAUAAACCACAUCUAGUGCGGCACGAAAGAAUUCACACAGGAGAGAAACCAUUUGUGUGUACUGAAUGUGGGAAAGGGUUUAGCUAUAAAUUAGGCCUUGUUACACAUGAGAGAACCCACACAGGUGAGAAACCAUUCAUAUGCACUGAAUGUGGCAAAUGUUUUAGAUAUAAGUCUGAUUUUAUUAUUCAUGAGAGGAAUCACACAGGUGUGAGACCAUUUUCGUGUUCUGAAUGUGAUAAAUGUUUUGCUAAUAAGCAUUAUCUCUAUUUGCAUCAGAGAGUUCACUCAGGAGAGAAACCAUUUGUAUGCUCUGAAUGUGGGAAAUGUUUUAGCCAUAUGGCAGCUCUCAUUAAGCACAAGAGAACCCACACUGGAGCUAAACCGUUUGCAUGCUCGGAAUGUGGGAGAGGUUUUGCCCAAAAAUCAGGUCUCUCAUUACAUGAGAAAAUUCAUACAGGAGAGAAACCAUUUGUAUGUUGUGAAUGUGGACAAAGUUUCAGUCAUAAAGCAGCUCUUAUGAAGCACCAGAGAGUUCACACAGGUGAGAAACCUCACACAUGUCUAGAAUGUGGGAAGGGCUUCUCAAGAAAGUCACAUCUUGUUUUACAUGAACGAACUCACUCAGGUGUAAAGCCCUUUGCAUGUCCUGAAUGUGGCAAAUGUUUUAGCCAUAAGUCACAUCUCAACAGACACAAGAGAAUUCACACAGGAGAGAAACCAUUUAUUUGCCAGGAAUGUGGAAACUGCUUUAGCUAUAAGUCAUGCCUCCUUAACCAUGCGAGAAUCCACAGGAUAGAAACUUCUGGUAAUUAAUAAUAUGACACAGAUUUGAUAAAUCAGUAUUGCUCCACACGGUGGAGUCUAUAAAAAUGUAGAGAUAUUUAUAUAUUUCUGUUUACUCUUGCUCUGUCUAUGGCAGCUUAUUUUUUCCAAUUC